AGCUGAUUAUAAAUUAGUUUGUUUUCUAUCCAGCAGUGCAGUUUUCCCAUUUUCCAGUAGGAUUACAAAAAUGCCCACUUUUUAUUUCGUUAUUGUGGGUCACCAAGAUAAUCCCAUCUUCGAAAUGGAAUUUACUACCGUCAGCAAAGAAGUCAGAAAAGAAGAUCACCGCCAUCUAAGUCAAUUCAUAGCUCAUGCUGCUCUAGAUUUGGUGGACGAACACAAGUGGAAAACCCCAAGCAUGUAUUUAAAGUCCAUCGACCGUUUCAAUCAAUGGUUUGUGUCAGCCUUUGUGACUGCUAGUCAGAUACGAUUCAUAAUAGUACAUGACCAGAAGAAUGAUGAGGGCAUAAAGAAUUUCUUUAAUGAAAUUUAUGAAACCUAUGUUAAGUAUUCCAUGAAUUCCUUCUAUAAAAUCAAUACACCAAUUAAAUCACCAACAUUCGAAAAAAAGGCUCAGUUAUAUGGGCGAAAAUAUUUGUUAUCUUAAAUGUGGGAGUUGCUUAUAUGUAUAUAUGUGUGUACCUGCUGUUAUGUGAGGUACGUUUUAUUUAAAUUUAUAUUAUUACGAUUUAUUUUAGUAAUCUAUUUAAGGUAAUUCAAUUUUGUACAAUAAAACAAAAAAACUUACAAAUGUUAAAACCCUUAAAGAGUAUAAUAUAAAAUUUAUGUUACAAUGCA